AUGACUAAAACGUUUACUCCCGCUGAAGUCGCAAACCAUAAGACGCCUGAAGACGGCCAAUACAUUAUCAUUGAUUCGGGAGUGUACGACAUCACCAACUUCAUAGACGAACACCCUGGUGGUUCGAGGAUCUUGAAGCGAGUGAUUGGGAAGGAUGCCUCAAAACAAUUCUGGAAAUACCACAGCGAAAAUGUUCUGAAGAAAUACGGCGAGAGGCUAAAGGUUGGCGAGGUCAAGGAUGCGGCGAAGCUAUAA